UUCCUGUCUCGGGUGAAGUUAUGGCCGCUGGGAAGAAGCUGCAGGAGGAGGACCGAAUUCGGGUUUCGAAGGAAUAGUUUUACACCGCGCGUUCUUUUCCGAGGUCUUCCUACCCCGCCCCGAGGGCGAUGUGCCUCUGAGCACGUGCAGAGUACCACCGCCUCUACCCGGAGAGGAAGUUUUGACUUGCUUUUAAAAGCGAGGCCGUGGCAAAAGUGCCCCUCUGAGCACAUUUUUGUGUAUUUAACUCAAGGGUGGCGUACGUGGUUCUCCCGCGCCCUCAUUUUUAACCUCAACACACCAACCCUGUGAGUAGACGAAGAGAACCAGCAUGAAUCCACUAACCAAAGUGAAGCUGAUCAAUGAGCUGAAUGAGCGUGAGGCACAGCUUGGUGUACAAGAUAAGGUCUCCUGGCAUGCGGCGUACAGUGACAGUGCCUGGGUGUUUGUGGGUGGUCUGCCCUAUGAGCUGACGGAAGGCGACAUUCUUUGUGUGUUUUCGCAGUAUGGGGAAAUUGUGAACAUAAAUCUGGUGCGUGAUAAGACAACAGGGAAAUCCAAAGGUUUCUGUUUCAUUUGCUAUGAAGAUCAGCGAAGCACCAUUCUUGCGGUUGACAAUUUUAAUGGAAUAAAGAUUAAAGGGAGGACAGUUCGUGUCGACCAUGUGGCUAACUACCGUCCACUGAAAGACUCCGAGGAUAUUGAUGAUGUGACAAAAGCUCUCCGAGAAAGAGGAUGUGGUGCUAAAACACCUCCAAGUUCACCAGAGUCCCCCAAAGACAGUGAGGUGGUAGUAAAGAAACACAAAAAAGAGAAAUCCAAGAAGAGAAAGAAAGAGCACCAAAAAUGGGUGACAGAGGAACAGCUUGCAGACUCGCCUCGUAAAACCAGGAUCAAAGUGGAGAAGGAAGACCCAAGGUAUGAACGACAUGCCAAUACAAGUCAGCAGACCUGGAGUAGCACAUCUGGGCACAAACAUGCAAGCUGGGCACAACGUGAACGGGAGUCUAAGUAGGAGCGUGCGAGAGUUAGGUCUCCAGACAGCCACAGACAGGGACAGGAAAGAACAGAGAA